GCAAAUUCUCCCCGUCGGCACAGCCACCGCCACCGCGGCUGCACUAAGAGACGUCCGAGGCGGCUUCUUCCUCCCUGCCCAGAGCGGGCGGCGGUCAGCACCCCAGUUUCCUCACCCCCACCCCCGUCGGCACUCGUGGCUGCUGGGAGCCCGGCUAGCUCACCCUGGGGUCGGUCGGAAGCGAACUCCCCUGGGAGCAGGUCUCCGGCCCCUCCCAAGGACCAUGCCGCAGCCCCACUGACCCAGGAGUCGGGGCCUGAGGGCAGGGCACGUGGAAUGGGCUGUGUGUUCUGCAAGAAGUUGGAGCCGGGGCCCAAGGAGGAUGGUGGCCUGGAAGGCGACUUCAGGGGCUAUGGGGCUGCAGACCACUAUGGCCCUGACCCUACCCAGGGCCGGCCUGCAUCCUCCUUCUCCCAUAUCCCCAACUACAACAAUUUCUCCCCUCAGCCAGCCAGCCCCGCCUUCCUCGAUGGGGCCACCAUCAGGGGCAUCUCAGGGACCGGGGUAACCAUGUUCAUUGCCCUUUAUGACUAUGAGGCCCGAACAGAGGAUGACCUCACCUUCACCAAGGGCGAGAAGUUUCACAUCCUGAACAACACUGAGGGUGACUGGUGGGAGGCUCGGUCCCUUAGCUCCGGACAGACUGGCUACAUUCCCUGCAACUACGUGGCCCCUGUGGACUCCAUCCAGGCUGAAGAGUGGUACUUUGGAAAGAUCGGGAGGAAGGACGCGGAGAGGCAGCUGCUCUCCCCGGGCAACCCCCGGGGGGCCUUUCUCAUUCGGGAGAGCGAAACCACCAAAGGCGCCUACUCCCUGUCCAUCCGGGAUUGGGACCAGGCCAGAGGCGAUCACGUGAAGCAUUACAAGAUCCGCAAACUGGACACUGGCGGCUACUACAUCACCACAAGGGCCCAGUUUGAUUCGGUGCAGGAGCUGGUGCAGCACUACCUAGAAGUGAAUGAUGGGCUGUGCCACCUGCUCACGGCAGCCUGCACCACCAUGAAGCCGCAGACGCUGGGCCUGGCCAAGGACGCCUGGGAGAUCAGCCGCAGCUCCAUCGCUCUCGAGCGCCGGCUGGGCACCGGCUGCUUCGGGGAUGUGUGGCUGGGCAUGUGGAACGGCAGCACGAAGGUGGCGGUGAAGACGCUGAAACCGGGCACCAUGUCCCCGAAGGCCUUCCUGGCGGAGGCGCAGAUCAUGAAGCUGCUGCGGCACGACAAGCUGGUGCAGCUGUACGCCGUGGUGUCGGAGGAGCCCAUCUACAUCGUGACGGAGUUUAUGUGCCACGGUAGCUUGCUGGAGUUUCUCAAGAACCGGGAGGGCCAGGAUUUGAGGCUGCCGCAUCUGGUGGACAUGGCAGCCCAGGUAGCUGAGGGCAUGGCCUACAUGGAGCGCAUGAACUACAUCCACCGAGACCUGCGGGCAGCCAACAUCCUUGUGGGGGAGCGGCUGGUGUGCAAGAUCGCUGACUUCGGGCUGGCUCGUCUCAUUGAGGAUGAUGAGUACAACCCCCAGCAAGGGACCAAGUUCCCCAUCAAGUGGACAGCCCCAGAGGCUGCCCUCUUUGGCAGAUUCACCAUCAAGUCAGAUGUGUGGUCCUUUGGGAUCCUGCUCACUGAACUCAUCACCAAGGGCCGAGUCCCCUACCCAGGGAUGAAUAACCGGGAAGUGCUGGAACAGGUGGAGCAUGGCUACCACAUGCCAUGCCCUCCAGGCUGCCCAGCAUCUUUGUAUGAGGCCAUGGAACAGACCUGGCGUCUGGACCCAGAGGAGAGGCCGACCUUCGAGUACCUGCAGUCCUUUUUGGAGGACUAUUUCACCUCCACAGAACCGCAGUACCAGCCUGGGGAUGAGACAUAGCCUGUUUGCGUAUCUACCAGCUCUCUGGGUGUGCCCACCAGCCCCUUCCAAUCCCCAGGGCUCUGGUCCCAAAGCCCCCAGGCCUAGAACCUUGUAGAGUCCUGGUGUGUCUGAGCAAGCCAGUUGCUCUGGCACCAUCUAGGGCAACCUAUUCAUUUGAAAGAUGGGGCAAAUCGAGGCUCAGAGAUCAUUCCUCACCCACUCUGGCCCCAAGCACUAUUUCUCCCUUUCCCACUUAAGCCCCUGUAGGCCUCUAGCCUCCCUACCUGCACCCCACCCCCAAAAAGAAAUGCUGAGAUCUUGUCUAGUUAUUUAUAAAACUGUGUAUCCUUUCUCUCCCUUAUCUCCGGUCCCUGCUUUGGUACCCUGUCAUACCACCCUGGUCCACGCUCCCGGAAUUCACUUCCUGCUCAGUUCGCUCUUGUCUGUAAGUUACAAAGACAGGGAAAGUCUCUGCCAGAUCCCUUUCCUGCUGCAUGGACGCUCUAGUCCAGGACUAAGGUCCAAGCUCAGGACUAGGGAGAGGGUUGCUGAGGGCUCAUCACCUCUUGGAAACAUAUGUGUGUUGAUUGAUUCUGUAAAUAAGAAAAAUGACAGUAUGAAUCCUUGAGCCAUGAAAGCCCCUUCCUUUGGGAGGGAUGAUGGUUGGUGGAGGUGAGUGGAGCUGCUUUGGCUGCUGGGAGGAAGGGGAGGUGAGUCACUGCUGCACUGGGCCACCAGUUACUAAGCACUGACUCUGUGAAGGGCCCUUUGCUAGGCAGGACCCUGGGAAACAGAGAUGUGAAUAAGACCUGUCCCUGUCCUGGAGGAGUUCAAAGACAGCCUAGGGAGAAAUAAUAGUAAUAAUAAUAACUUAUUAAUCAAGCAUCUGAAUUGAUGCCAGAUGUGUUUACAUCCAUCUUUUCAUUUAACCCAGUCCUGAAUCUGGCUCUAUGCCUAGCUCCCCAUUUACAGAUAAGGAAACUGAGGCCUGGGGUCAGGGGUUACAUGAUGUACCCAGGUCACACAGACCUUUGUGACAAAGCUGAGAUUUGUACCCAGGUCUCACAGAGCUGGGGUUUGCUCUUUCUACUAGACCUCACUGUCUCUGGGCUUUGGGGAAGGAUCCUGUCUGCUGCAGGUGGAUGUUUGGGGAUCUUUCUCCCUGAAGAUAUUGGUAGAAAGUUUCCUCAGAACCCCCCCCACCAAGUUGAAUGACCUAAAAGAAGGGGAAUGAGGUGGCCAUUGCAGCUUGAGAGUUCCCUGUGCUCAGCCAUGUGCUGGGGUUUGCUGAGAGGGAGCAGUAAGAUGGGGAAAAGCCAAGUGACUGCUUAGGGGAGUGGUCACAGGGGUGGGAGCCUUAGCUCUGCCCAUGUCAACUGUCAGGGGCCAAGGCUUUUAGAAGGCUAUGGUCUCUGGCCAGCCCAACUCACCAGAGCCUGGUGCAUAAACCAGAGACCCAUAUUUCCACCUGCGGUGGGAUAACCAGGUAAGAGCACAGCCCCGGAGCUGGGGGGCCAUUGUGACUCUUGCCUCUAUGACUCGCUAGUUGUGCCAUUUUGUGCAAGGCUCUUCAUCUCUACAAGCUUUAAUUUCUUCACCUGUGAAAUGGCAAUAAAAUGCACAAUACACAUUA